AUGGUGGUGCAGUUGUGGGUUUCUUGGUGGAAAAUGGGCGAUGGAAGAUUUCAUGGAAGUAACAUAUACAAAUCAAGAGGCGAUUUGGUGUCUUUCGGUACCAGAGCUCCAGAACCGUCAAUAAUAUUGAAAGGGGUAGACUAUGCGUCUAGUAGAAAGAGAAAGAGUAAGGGGAUAUUGGUGGCAUCGAUUGUAGAACUAUGGAAAUGUGGUGGUAUGCUAGACAAGGGAAUCAGGGUAGGAUACAACUUAAGAUGGGAAAUGGUGGAAGCGUGCUUUUUCAGCUCCACAGUACCGACUACUAUUUCUCUAUAUCAAAGAUGCGGAACACUGAGAUUGGAGAAUAGGAGACUGGUUCCUGACGGCUGUGAGGCAGUGAUGAAGUUUGUUGUCAGUUUGAGAGAGGUGAAUGUAAGACGCCAACCGAUUACUGAAGAGAAACCAAUCAACAAACAAACACCUGGACGUUUGUCAAGAAACGCCUCAAUUAUCCGUUGCGCUAUGACAAGGAUGAAAGGGUCUUCUUCUGACAUAUCUUUUUCCAAUGACGAUGAGAAGAACUUGGAAUGGUUGCUUGAAGUUUUUGGUUCAAAGAUAUCUCCUGAUGACAUGGCAUCUGCUUAUUGCCAAGCAGGGGGUGACAUAAAUAAAGCUAAUGAAAUACUUUGUAAUAUGCUUGGAAGCUCUUCCAGCAAUGAUUUACACAUUUCAGCUGAUGAUUUGAUUAGUACUACUACACCUGCUGAUACUUGUGUGGGUACUACAGUUUCUGGUGUAAAUGGUUCUGAUUAUGCAAGAUUGGGAAUAAUGAAUGAGCCUCCAAAGGUUCUUUAUCGACCUAAAACAAGAAACUCUGGCAUAUCAAUGGGUACAGUUUCAGGCAGAAUUGGUGCUGAUUAUGGAAGGUCAAGGCCUUUGACUAAAGAACCCCGUGAAAUUACCAAACCAGUGAAGUUAAUGUCAAAUGAGAUUCCUACAUCCCAGAUAUGGGUUGAGAAAUCAAAACCAGAUAAUGUAAAAACUGAAACUAUGAAUAAGGAUAUCGAGCUCUUUCUGCUUAAGAUGCUUGGAGAUGGCUUCCAGCUAGACAUGGAUGUAAUCAAACAAGUAGUUGGUGGUUGUGGGUAUGAUGUGCAAGAGAGCAUGGAGAAACUAAUGAACAUGUCAGCCCCCACUUUGGAUUUGGGAAAUGCCACUUCAAGCAUGGUUGACCUUGACCAAACAUGUAAAGACUUUCAAGAUUUGGAGAUUAAGUCUGAAGAGAAGCUACAAUUCAAUGAUUCUGCAGAAAGGUCAAAUCUUGAAAAGGAAAUAUUGGGAAAACUAUUUACUUCUAGAGUUGAAACAGGAGCUAUUCCUAUACGUCCAAGAAGAGAACCAAGGACAAGAAAAUAUGGUGUAGUUACUGGACCUUUAGAAGAGCCAGUAACAAUAUUCAAGUCUCCAAUUGUAGAAAAAGAAGCUAAUAAUGGUGAUGGAAAUGAAGAAACUGAAGAUAACUAUGAGACGCUAAGAGAAGCUGCAUUGGAGCAUUGGGUCACAAUGAAAAAAUACUACAGAGCUGCUGCUGAGGCUUAUGCCAAAGGUGACUAUGAGCUUGCAAAAAAGUUUGUUAAACAGGGACACUUUUAUAUGGACAAGGCCCGUGAGGCAAAUGAGAUGUCUGGUAAAAUGCUAACUGAACCUAGAAAUGAUGGGGAGGCAGUUUCUAUCGAUUUAAAUAUAUAUGAUCCAAAAGAUGCUAUUCGUCUGUUGAAAACACAAUUAAAAUCUAUGUGUGGCAUACCAUCCAUUCGUUAUCUGAAAGUGAAGGUUGGGACAAGUGACGAUAAUACCAAACCAAAUAAGCGUAAACGUUUGAUAUGUAAGCUACUAGAAAGGGAUGGAAUAAGUUGGAGUGAUGAAGAGGAUGGUCAAACAAUGGCUGUUAGGGUUGAUGUCGUUAAUCCUAAACGAUUGAGUUUUAACAAAAAUUAGCAGCCAGUUACCUUUUAUUUUAUAAUAGAUAAAACUCCCAGAUAAUAUUCAACUUUUGGUGUCCACAAGACUAGAAAGGGAGAUGCUUGUUUGUUAGUCUCCCCUUUAUUAUGAAAGAAUGCUUGUAGCAGAGGAGCAAACUGCUUACAUUUUAUUACUACUUGUUAAUUUUGCCACGUCAGCUAUCUUAUCUACUAACGAAAACCUAUUAUCAAAAACCAUAUCCUAUAGAAAAUUUGGUUUUGCUAUGAAUUUUAUGUUUUUAAAAUAUGAUUUGUAUAAAGUUAACUUUUGAGAUUGGAAAUCAUCAUAGCUUUAAUGAAGCCUACUUAUUUCGUG